AUGCUGUAUUCCGGAGUAGUAUUAAUCUUGGCUGGUCUACAAAUCUAUGGAUUGGUGACCCUAAGAAACCAAGAGCAGGAGGACUUGCGUGAUCUAGUCGUCAAUUCGCUAGAACAAGCCUUCAACGAAUCCCAGCUACAAAGUUUCCAUGCUAUGGAAGAUUCUGUGAGUUUCAUUGCGUUUUCAGUUAAUAGAUCUUUAGUUUCGAAACUUCAGCUAAAGUGUUGCGGGACCACGGGCCCCGAUUCCUACGCGGGUGUCUACGACAGGCUCCCAGCAUCUUGCUGUAGGAACGCCACCGUUCUCCCAGACUUCGACACACCCAUUGUUGUGGAUAGAGACCUGACACUAUCCUGUUAUGCUGAUGACGCUUAUCCAGGCUGCAACGAAGUGCUCCUCGAGAGUCUGAGCUCGCUAGCUUAUUAUGUUGGAGUCGCCUUCAUUAUUGUUAUUGCCAUUGAGUUGCUGGCUAUUGUUAUGGCAAUGUCGCUUAGCUGUUGCAUCGGAAGCCCGAAGACUGUUUAAUAUCAAGAAAAUGAAUGAAUGAAUCCUGUUAUAAUUGUAUUAUAAAUUAUUGUUUUCUCGUUUGUUAUGUUUGCAAUAAAAUUUGUUUUAAAGAUU